GCCGCCCCUCCUGGGCCGCCCCCACCCCCGCCAGCCGUGCCUGUCCCAGGGCCGCCCGCGCCAUGCCGUCCGUGCCGCUGCCGCCCAAGGAGAGCAACCUCUUCAAGCGGAUCCUGAAAUGUUACGAACAAAAACAGUACAAAAAUGGACUCAAGUUCUGCAAGAUGAUCCUUUCUAACCCAAAAUUUGCUGAACAUGGAGAGACACUUGCGAUGAAAGGACUGACCUUGAACUGCUUAGGGAAGAAGGAGGAAGCAUAUGAAUUUGUUCGUAAAGGACUUCGUAAUGAUGUGAAGAGUCAUGUCUGUUGGCAUGUCUAUGGUCUUCUGCAGCGUUCAGAUAAGAAAUAUGAUGAAGCCAUCAAGUGUUACCGGAAUGCACUCAAACUAGAUAAAGAUAACCUACAGAUUUUGAGAGAUCUCUCUCUGUUGCAGAUUCAGAUGAGGGAUUUAGAAGGAUAUAGAGAGACAAGAUACCAACUGCUUCAGCUGCGCCCCACACAACGUGCUUCCUGGAUUGGAUAUGCCAUUGCAUACCACUUACUAAAAGAUUAUGAUAUGGCCUUAAAACUACUUGAAGAGUUUAGGAAAACCCAGCAGGUUCCUCCUAAUAAAAUAGAUUAUGAAUAUAGUGAACUGAUUUUAUAUCAGAAUCAAGUGAUGAGAGAGGCAGAUCUUUUUCAGGAGUCUUUAGAACAUAUAGAGACAUAUGAAAAGCAAAUAUGUGAUAAAUUAAUAGUAGAAGAAAUCAAAGGAGAGAUGUUACUCAAGUUAGGAAGGCUGAAAGAAGCUGGUGAAGUAUACAAAGAGUUAAUUGAGCGUAAUGCAGAAAACUGGUAUUAUUAUGAAGGCUUGGAAAAGGCCCUACAACCCAGCACUUUAGAAGAGAGGCUUCAGAUUUAUGAAGAAGUUAGUAAAAGACAUCCCAGAGCAGUUUCACCUAGAAGAUUACCUUUAAACUUUGUUUCAGGUGAAAAAUUUAGAGAACUAACGGAUAAGUUCCUGAGGGUUAACUUCAGUAAAGGCUGCCCACCAUUGUUUACCACUUUGAAAUCUUUAUAUUACAAUCCAGAAAAGGUUUCUACAAUCCAGGAACUUGUUACUGGUUAUGAAGCCUCUUUGAAAACUUGUGACCUUUUUAGUACAUGUGAAAAUGGAGAGAAAGAGCCCCCAACAACACUGCUUUGGGUUCGGUAUUUCCUGGCACAGCACUUUGACAAACUUGGCCAGUGUUCUUUGGCCUUGGAUUACAUUAAUGCUGCAAUUGCAAGCACUCCAACAUUAAUAGAGCUAUUCUAUUUAAAAGCAAAAAUUUACAAGCAUGUAGGUAACAUCAAGGAAGCUGCCAAAUGGAUGGAUGAAGCACAGUCUUUGGAUACUGCAGACAGAUUUAUCAAUUCUAAAUGUGCUAAAUACAUGCUGCGAGCAAAUAUGGUGAAGGAUGCAGAGGAGAUGUGCUCUAAAUUCACAAGGGAAGGAACUUCUGCUAUGGAGAACCUUAACGAGAUGCAGUGUAUGUGGUUCCAGACGGAAUGUGCCGCGGCUUAUCAAAGGCUAGGGAAGUACGGUGACGCCUUGAAAAAAUGUCAUGAAGUAGAAAGGCAUUUUUUUGAGAUAACAGAUGAUCAAUUUGACUUCCACACGUACUGCAUGAGAAAAAUGACUCUCCGUGCCUAUGUAGACCUUCUGAGAUUAGAAGACGUGCUCAGGAAACAUGCCUUCUACUUCAAGGCUGCCCGAUCAGCAAUUGAAAUUUACUUGAAGCUCCAUGAUAAUCCUCUUACCAAUGAAAGCAAAGAGCAAGAAGUGAAUUCAGAAAAUCUCUCAGCCAAAGAAUUGAAGAAAAUGCUUAGUAAACAAAGAAGAGCACAGAAGAAAGCAAAACUUGAAGAAGAAAGAAAGCAUGCAGAAAGAGAACGACAGCAAAAAAAUCAAAAGAAAAAGAGAGAUGAAGAGGAGGAGGAAACUAGUGGACCCAGGGAAGAGCUGGUUCCUGAAAAACUGGAAAGGGUAGAAAAUCCAUUAGAAGAAGCCAUUAAGUUCCUUAUACCACUUAAGAAUCUUAUUGGAGAUGAUAUAGAAACACACUUAUUAGCAUUUGAAAUAUACUUUAGAAAAGGAAAGUUUCUGUUAAUGUUACAGUCUGUCAAAAGAGCUUUUGCUAUCAACAGGAAUAACCCAUGGCUACAUGAGUGCUUGAUUAAAUUCUCUAAAGCUGUGUCUGACCAUAGUAACCUCCCAGAAAUUGUGAGCAAGGUCCUAACUCAAGAAAUGCAGAAAAUCUUUGUCAAUAAAAACCUGGAGAGUUUUAAUGAAGAAUUUCUCAAACACAAUGCUACCUCCAUUCAGCACCAACUGUCAGGUGCAAAGAUGAUGUAUUUCCUGGACAAAUCAAGACAAGAAAAAGCAAUUGCUGUUGCAACUAGAUUGGAUAAAAACAUGAGAGACAAAAAUGUGAAGACAUUAACAAAGGUUUUUGAGGCGUUACUUGAUGGCAGUUUUGGAAGCUGCCGUACUCAGUGUGAAGAAUAUCAAGCAGCAUGUCAUAAACUGUUUCCUUUUACGUCUGCCUUCAUGCCUGCCACAAAUGAAGAAAACAGCAGCAUUGCAUCUGUGAAUCACACAGCCAUUAACCAUGAUUUGCUGUCCAAUGAAAUCUGAAGUAUUGUGUGCAAGCCCCUGUGUGUGUGUAUACCUACAUACACACAUGUAUAUGAAACUCUGACUCUCAUUACAUGCUGGCUGGAUACAGAUCAGGGUUACUUUUCCAGGUCGUAUUUUAAUAUCUUUAACAGGUAUCUAAAACAAAAUAUUUGGCUAGUCAAAUGGAGUAUGCUAUUAGGGUUUUUUUCCCUCCCAAUGAAAACUGCCAAUAUUUAUGUAAACAUCUUUAAUCAGCAUUUUUCAUGUUUAUACUUGUACAGGUUUAAGUCUUUUAAUAAUUCAUCAGCCCUCCCUCACAAUAAUAUGGAUAUUAAAGACUGCUUUCACUUAAGUGUUGUUACAUAUGCAGAUAUACGUGAACAUAUCUUGUUAAUAAAUUAUCAUUUGAGAGUUUUUAGCAGAUUAAGAUUGAAGUGCUGCUUGAACUGCCCUCUUUGUCUUUACUGUUCUUUAGGGUUUUUUUUCUGGGUUGUUUUGGUUGGAUUUCUUACUUUGGUCAGUUUGGUUUCUUUUGAAGCACAUCAACAAUGAAAGCAUUGGGGGGGGUUGCAUGUUUUUGUCAGGUGUGUGUCUUAUAUGGAACCAGUGUUGACAGAUAUGAAGAUUAGGUUUGUGUAAAAAAACCUAAACCAACAAAUACCUAAGGCUUUUUGAAAACUAUUCCCUCUACCUUGUGUUCCAUGGUUAUUGUUUCCUUAAUUUUAUAGUCAGUUUAACAUUUUGAAGUUUAAUACCCUGAAGCAAUUCCCUGAGAAGACAGUGAAUUUGAAUACUGUUGUUUGACCUUUGUUCCAUCUCCCCUUUCCUCCUCUUCCUUCUGGUUUCUCCCCAUCUGUUCACCUAUUGACACUUAGGAUGAAAAAAGCUGCUCCAAUUUUGCAUGAGUGCAGAAGGUACAGUAAUGGGGAAUACAGUUUUUCUCUACAUCAUAAAAACUCACUGGUGAGUGUUCUGUAUUACCUUCAUUAAAAGUCUUAGUUGUCUACUUAAGUAUUAUGGCCAAUACUCUAGAAUUUCUCCUGCCUAAAUGAUAUUGCUGUAGGUGCUGUGAGGCAAAACAGAAAUAUGUUUUACAUUUUAAAACUGUUUAAGGGAGCACAAAGAGGCAGACUACAAAUCAUAAUGAACCUUUUUCUUACUUUGUAUUCUGGUGCAUUAACUAUUAAAUAUACAACACGUCAAAAUGGAAGUUUAAAUCUAAUAUACCUAUUUAAAGCAUAGCAUUGUUAGACAGAAUGGCUACAUAUCACAUGACAGCUUUACAUUCUAUAUGAACUGCUAUCAAAACAUAAUUAUACUGUGGCUUGUACAGAAAAUUUCUGGAAACUGUAAUGGAAUUAUUCAAUCUUGGUUUGUUUUUAUUUCACUGCAAUGUAAAUAAUUUCAGUAAUAUUAACUAGCCCCUCAAAGGCAAAUACCAGUUCAUGAAGAGGGGAUUUUAUUAAGACAAAUAAACUGUUCUAAUUAAAAUUCUCCUUUGUGUGUCAUCUGUUUAGAUUAAAAAAAUUGUUGAAUGGAAAAAUUCACUGUAAAAUAUUGCCAACAUAUGUUAUGCUGUAAUAAAUUAUUUUGUACACA